AUGCCCCGGAGCGCACGGGACGACGUCGAGUGCCUCGCCUCGCACUUUGUGGUCUGCGGCCUCGCGCCCGGGCUGCUCGAGCCGAACAGCAGCGACGGCGGCCGCGCCAGCUCCUCGGCCGGCCAGGUCAUCACAGGCGUCGUCGCGCUCGAAAGGGGAGGCGCCGUCCCGCUCGGGUACGAGCUGGUGCUGACGGCGGGCGGCGGCGCGCGAACGGCACCACCCAUCGGCUCCGUCGCCACCGUCGGCGGCCUGCACGCCGCGCAGCUCCACAUCGCCGUCCGGCGGCAGCCUCUCUCCUCCUGCGGCGGACCCGGCUCGAGCACGGCGCCGGUGACCUGCCUGCACGUGCUGUACGCGGACCGCGCCGAGCGGCCGAGCGGCGGGCAGGAGGCGGCGACGCCGCUGGUGGACGUGGUUGUGGUGCACCGGGACAGGCACACGCGCGAGGUGCACCUGCCCGCCGAGUACGAGCUGCUGCCGCGCUCGCUCACCGCCGGCUCCGUCGGCGCCGCCGUCUUCCUCGCCUUUCGCCGCGCCGCCCCUCUAGGCCUUCUCAACACGCCCCUCCGGCCUUCGCUCCUCGACCACCUCGCCGCGUCGCACCGCCCGCGCGGCUCCUUCGACGAGCUUCCAAACGCGCUCCCGCACUUUUGCUUGCCGCGUGGCGCGAGGCUGCGCGAGGGCGGCGGCUGGCCGACCGCACACGAGUUCGCGCUCACCGACUCUUCUGGGCGGCGCAUGUUUGCCGUCUGCCUCACGGUCUGGGAGCCGCUCGGUGGCGACCUCGUCCUCUACCCAGACGGCGCUGCCCCGGCGGCGGUGCGGUGCGGCUCUGCGCUCGGCGAGAAACAGCUGCACGCGCCGACUUGCUUGUGCGUCCUCUCCCCGGCGCCCUUCUUCCGCGCGCUGCGCAAGUGGGUCUGCAUGCUGUACCGCCACUCGCUCACUGCGAGCAGCGAGCCGGUCGAGGCGCUCGUGUCGUCCCUGCUGUGGGAGGCGCCCAUGCCCGCGCCGGGCCACAUCUCCGUCCAGCUCGGCCUCGGGGGCGAGCAGAUGACGUUCGAGCGGCCAGACCUCUCCCGCGAGCUCCCCGAGCCGCCGCUGCCGCUGGGCGCCCUCCUGCACGCCCUCGAGCCGAGGCAGGUCCUCUCCCUCUUCCGGGGCGCUCUCUUCGAGCACCGCGUCCUCUUCGUCGCCUCCAACCUCUCGCAGCUCACCGCCGCCGCCGAGGCACUCCUCUCGCUGCUGUGGCCGCUGCGGUGGCAGGGCAUCUACAUCCCGCUGCUGCCAGGCUUGCUCGUGGAGGUGCUACAGUCGCCCGUCCCUUUCGUCAUCGGCAUCCACGCCUCCACCUUCGCCUCGGCCUGCCGCGCGCUGCCGCCGGUGCUGCCGCCCGAUGCCUUCGUCGCAAACUUGGACGAGGGCACGCUCCUCGUCCCGCCGCUCGACGAGCAGCUGCCGCCGCUCCCGCACUCCACCGUGCUGCUCGCGGCGCUGGAGACCUUCCGCUCGCGCCCCGACGAGCAUGAGGACGCGGAGGGGAGCGACGCGGUCGCGGUCGCGCAGCGCGCGGUCGUGCGGCAGACCUUCGCCUCUUUCUUUGCGCACUGCCUGCGCGGCUACCAAGAGGCGCUCGUCCUACGGCCGCCCUCGAGCGCGCGCGGGCUUCGCAGGCUGAUCGACGUCCCUUCGCUCGUCGCGGGGCGGAGCGCCGCCGAGGCUGCGCUGCUGCGUCGGCUUGCCGAGACGCAGUCGUUCACUUCGCUCAUCGAGCAGCGAACCUCCCUCUCGUCGCGCAACGGCGAGCUGCUCCUCUUCGACCACCUGGCGGACCGCUGCCUCUCCGCGCCGCCGACGGCGCGCGACCUGGAGAGCUCCGGCCUGCACCGCCUCUGGGACUCGCCCGCGCCGGCAGAGGCGGCGGCGACACCCGCGCCGCCGGCCGCCGACUGCCCGGACUCCGCCGGAAUCCCGAGGACGGCGUCGGCGCCGCAGACGCCGGACCGGGCGUCGACCCGGCCGGCGGCGGAGGCGGUCUCCCGCCACUCCAGAUCGCAGUCUCAGCCGGUUCGCUUCAACUGGCGCACCCCCGGCGGGGAGGGCACGGGGGGCGUGCGCUCGGGGCAACGGCGAGCCUCGGGCGAUCAGAAGCCAGCGGGCGGCCGCGCCGACAGCCCGCAGCGCGCGAGCGAGGCGCCGACAGCGUCGAGGCGCGUCGCGGUGGCGGUCGUCCCCAAAGCGGCGGCGGCGGCGGCUCCCAAAAAGGAGGCGCGCUCCGCGCCCAAGCGGUGGCCUUGGGGCAGCGGCCGGCUGGAGCCGGCGGCGCCGUCGCGGACGGGAUCGGCGACGGCGAGCCAGGUGACGCCAGCAGAGUGGGCCCGGCGCGUGGCUGGCGAGUUGCACGCCGCGUUCGUCGCGAUCUACUCGCUGACGGGGGGGCAUUCGCGCCAAAGCUCGUCGGCUUGGGCGCGCGCCGUGUUCGAGCAGCUGCAGGAGGCGGGCGGCAAGCCCGACGCGCGAACGCUCGGCUGCUUCUCGCACGCGCUGCUGAUGGGCGGCACCUCACCCGGCCUCUCUCCCCGCGGCUGCGCCUCCUUCUCCUCGCUCCUCUCGCCGGGCGCGGCGGGCCAGGCGAGGCAGCUCGGCGCCCGCGCGGCGUUCGCGGGCUGGUACGCGGCUCAGGGCGAGGAGUCCGGGGGAUGCUGCCGCUGCUGCCGCACUUUCGGCUGCGGCAACCGGGACGUCGGCGUCGAUUUUGAGGGAUGGCUGAGCGCGUCGGGCCACUUGCGGACGGGGGUCGACCUGUGGGCCGAGGUGGCGGAGCGGCGGGGAAGUCAGCCAGAGCUGUUGCUGCUGCGGCGGGCGUCCACCGACUCGAACGAUCUGUCGGAGACGCUGACGGCCGGCUCGGAGGCGCCCUACGAGGUUCUCGAGGUUCUCGAGGUGGAUAUCCUUUGGCCGCGCGUUGGGUAG